CGCGAGAGCACGCUCCGGUCUAGCGGCCAUCUUGAAUCCAGAAGUUUAAAUAGAGCAGGCGGGGCCGAGCGGACGCCUGCGUCGGCGCGAUGACGUCACAUGCCUGCGCGGGAGGCGGUACCGACUCCUGCCGCAGGACUUUCAUGGGCCGGGUUGCGUAGAGCGUAGCUCUGCCUUGUUGGCGGAAGGGCGUUGAAUGACGGUCGGGCCCCGCCAUCUGCUUAAAGGGACUCGUUCAACACGGGAGUGUCCCGGGGCUGCAUUGUGCUGCAGCUAGAAUGAAGCACAUCAACCUGUCAUUUGCAGCGUGUGGAUUUCUGGGCAUUUACCACUUGGGGGCAGCAUCUGCACUUUGCAGACAUGGCAAAAAACUUCUGAAGGAUGUCAAAGCUUUCGCUGGGGCGUCUGCGGGAUCUUUGGUUGCUUCUGUUCUGCUAACUGCACCAGAAAAAAUAGAGGAAUGUAACCAAUGUACCUACAAGUUUGCCGAAGAAAUCAGAAGGCAGUCUUUUGGGGCAGUAACACCCGGUUAUGACUUCAUGGCCCAACUAAGAAGUGGAAUGGAGUCGAUUCUUCCUCCCAAUGCUCACGAGCUGGCCCAGAACCGACUGCAUGUAUCCAUCACCAACACCAGAACCAGAGAAAAUCACUUAGUCUCCACUUUUUCCUCCAGGGAGGACCUCAUUAAGGUCCUCCUAGCCAGCAGUUUUGUGCCCAUUUAUGCAGGACUGAAGCCAGUGGAAUACAAAGGGCAGAAGUGGGUAGACGGAGGCCUCACCAACGCUCUUCCCAUCCUGCCCGUCGGCCGGACUGUGACCAUCUCCCCCUUCAGCGGACGGCUGGACAUCUCCCCGCAGGACAAAGGGCAGCUGGAUCUGUAUGUUAAUAUCGCCAAGCAGGAUAUCAUGCGAGAUGUGCUGGUGUCUGUUGCUAGCCAAGACAGGGACUUCACUAUUACCCCCUCACCCACCACUCACCUGGACACCCAUCACUCACAAGAGGACCCCCUGGAGGAAAGGCUCAGGAUGACACGCGUUCAAAUCCUGAAGUUACUCCAGGAAGAAGGUAAAAUGGUUGAAGGAGUGAUCACUGGGCUUAUCAACACUGCGGACACAUCAACCCCAAAACUUGGUUCCUGGCAAGGUCAUGGAACUAGGCAAUUUAGCUCUACUGAUCAACCUCAGUCAGAACUAUUUCUUGACAAUUUCAAAUCCAAGGGGGUUACUAGUGCCAGUCACUCCCAGUGAGGGAAAAGAUCUGUUCUACUUUGCCACUUCUGGUUGCUCCUUCUACUGGCUGGACAGAAUCCUGGUAAUGGAUGAUCUUAUUGUACUUGUCAAGGGAAGAUGGAUUUGCUGUCAUAUGAUGGGGAUAAGAAAGAAUGUGCAUGAAAUUGGGGUAACCCCUCCAGUUAUCCAGCCUACAACCAGCACUAGUGAAAUAGUUAGUGGGAAACCAUUGCAACCUUAUAUGGUAGAAGCAAGGGCACACAUCCCUGAGGACCUAAGGUUUGGGUCAUGCCACUGGAAAAUGGACUCCGAUCACCUGACCCGUGCCUGAAAAGGAAGCCACUAUGGAACAGAGAAUGAUUGAGGAAAGUCAAUGUCACCUUAGAAACAGUGGCAACCACGGUGACCUAGGAUGGCCAACCUGAUGCCAAAUAGCUGAGUUUUAGAAGCCUGUUCUCCUACCAGCUGCCAAAAAUAGGAAUUGUUGAUAUCAUAUCCUUCCAGUACCUGCUCUGUGUGACUUAACACAGCCAGGGUCUAUUACUUGCUGCUAAAGGACCCCACUUAGAGUCGAUGUACACUUGACCCUUGAACAAAACGAGUUUGAACUGUGAGGGUCCUUGUGGAUUUUUUCAGUAAAAAUUACACCCAGUGUGCCUGCCUCCCCUUCCCCUUCCUCUACGUCUUCUGCCUCUGCCACCCCUGAGACAAGACCAACCCCUCCUCUUCCUCCACCUCCUCAGCCCAGUCAGUGUGAAGAAGAGGCCAAAAACCCUUAUGAUGAUCCACUUUCGCUAGGUAAACAGUGAAUAUAUUUUAUCUUCCUUGUGAUUUUCUUAAUAUUUUCUUUUCUCUAGCUUACUUGAUUGUGAGAAUACAGUGUAUAAUUCAUAUAACAUACAAGGCAUGUCUUAAUUGACUCUUUAUAUUAUUAGUAAAGCUUCCAGUCAAUAGUAGGCUCUUAGUAGUUACAUUUUGGGAGAGUCAAAAUUUAUAUGUGAAUUUUUGACCACAGGAGUGGUGGACAGGGAAGUCAGCACCCCAACCCCCAUAUUGUUCAAAGAUGAACUGUACAUAAAUAACUGCCCAACAACUGGUGAAAAAGCAGAUGAGGACUUAACAAUUCUUUCUUUAUUACUUUCUUAUGUUAAAAAAUCCCUGUGUAGGACAGUACAGUUGUGCUUGUUUUAGGGUACCUAGGUCUUUCCUCCUAAAGUAAGCAUUAAAAGGAAACAUAAAGGGGCUUUGAUUAGGUUGUCAUUUACAGAUACGCAGCUUUGACACGUGUCUUUAAAACAGGAGAGGUUGUCAUCUGUCUCCCAACUAGAAACCUGGUGCUUAACUAGAACUUACGUGUGGGGUAAAAGAGUAGGAGUGUCCGCCUUCAAAUACAUCCUUAAUGCUCAGAAACUGAGAGGAGGAGCUGAAGGAGAUCAAAUGGCUUAUCGCAUUAUCUAUCAUUCCUUACAUUUCACCAUGAAGUUGUUUUUAGCUGACAGUCUUUGUAAAAUCCUCCUCACACACUAAGAACUGAAUACCUUUUGGUUGCAUGUUAUAGCCACCUAUGUAUUCUAAUGUUUGGUACAACAUUUUCUUCAAUGACUUCCAAUCUUUCUUGAAUAUGACCUGUUUUAUUUUUAGUAGAGACAGGGUUUCACCAUGUUGGCCGGGCUGGUCUCAAACUGCUAACCUCAAGUGAUCCGCCCACCUUGGCCUCCCAAAGUGCUGGGAUUACAGGCGUGAGCCACCGCACCGGGCCUGACCUGUUUUAUAAGGUAAUCCAAUACAUAUAUGCACAUAUUUUACACAUAUAUUUCCAUAUGCAUAUAGGUAUAUGUAUGCAAAUAUAAAUAU